AUGCUUCCUCGAACACGGGCCCGCGUGCCCGCGGCUCUCCGCAGCCUGGCUCGGUCCACCAACGCCGCUCGCGCGCUCUCGACCACCCACCCCCGCUAUGAGAAGGAUACCGCCCUUAACAAGGUGUCGCGCAACAUCACCCAGCCCAUCUCUCAGGGUGCCUCCCAGGCCAUGCUGUACGCCGUCGGUCUCACUGAGGAGGACAUGAACAAGCCCCAGGUCGGUAUCUCGUCCGUCUGGUUCAACGGUAACCCCUGCAACAUGCACUUGCUCGACCUCAACAACAAGGUGCGCCAGGGUGUGCAGGACCAGAACAUGGUCGGCUUCCAGUUCAACACCGUCGGUGUCAGUGAUGCCAUCAGUAUGGGUACCUCCGGCAUGCGCUACUCCCUCCAGAGUCGCGACCUGAUUGCCGACUCCGUCGAGACUGUCAUGGGUGGCCAGUGGUACGAUGCCAACAUCUCCAUUCCCGGUUGUGACAAGAACAUGCCCGGUGUCCUUAUGGCCAUGGGCCGCUUCAACCGCCCCAGUAUUAUGGUGUACGGUGGAACUAUCAAGCCCGGCUGUGCCGUGACUCAGAACAAUGCCGAUAUCGAUAUCGUCUCCGCUUUCCAGGCCUACGGUCAGUUUAUCACCAAGGAGAUCACCGAGCCCCAACGCUUUGACGUCAUCCGUCACGCUUGCCCCGGUGAGGGUGCCUGCGGUGGUAUGUACACUGCCAACACCAUGGCCACUGCCAUUGAGACCAUGGGUAUGACCCUGCCCGGCUCCUCUUCCAACCCCGCCAACUCCCAGGCCAAGUACCUCGAGUGUCUGGCUGCCGGUGGUGCCAUCAAGAAGCUGCUUGCCGAGGACAUCCGCCCUCGUGAUAUCCUGACCCGCCAGGCCUUCGAGAACGCCAUGGUUGUUGUCAACAUCACUGGUGGAUCUACCAACGCCGUCCUUCACCUGAUCGCGAUCGCCGACUCCGUUGGAGUCAAGCUCACUAUUGAGGACUUCCAGGCCGUUUCCGACCGUAUUCCCUUCCUGGCUGAUCUGAAGCCCUCCGGCAAGUACGUCAUGGCCGAUCUGUUCGGCAUUGGUGGUACCCCAGCCCUGCUCAAGAUGCUGUGGAAAAAGGGUCUGAUUGACGGCUCUGGUAUGACCGUAACUGGUGAAACCCUCGCCAAGAACCUGGAGAAGGCCCCCGACUUCCCCGAGGACCAGAAGAUCAUCCGCCCCUUCUCCGACCCUAUCAAGCCCACUGGCCACAUCCAGAUCCUGCGUGGCUCCCUGGCCCCUGGCGGCAGUGUCGGCAAGAUCACCGGUAAGGAAGGUACUUCCUUCACUGGUAAGGCACGUGUUUUCGACAGUGAGGAUUCCUUCAUCGAGGCGCUGGAACGCAACGAGAUCAAGAAGGAGGAGAAGACUGUUGUUGUCAUCCGCUACUGCGGUCCCAAGGGUGGCCCUGGCAUGCCUGAAAUGCUUAAGCCCUCUUCCGCUCUAAUGGGUGCUGGUCUCGGUAACUCUUGUGCCCUGAUCACCGACGGCCGUUUCUCCGGUGGUUCUCACGGCUUCCUGAUCGGUCAUAUAGUCCCUGAGGCUGCCGUUGGUGGUCCCAUCGGUCUCGUCAACGACGGUGAUGUGAUCACCAUCGAUGCUGAUAACCGCGUUCUUGACAUUGAUGUCAGCGAGGAAGACCUGGCCGUGCGCCGCAAGGACUGGGAGGCCCGCAAGGCUGCCGGCAAGCUCCCCGAGACUGGUCUGACCAUGCGUGGUACCCUGGGCAAGUAUGCCCGCAACGUCAAGGACGCCAGCCAGGGCUGCGUCACUGAUUCUGUAGAGUAA